CUCUGCCUUUAACAGGUAACGGAGGAGGCGCGACCGUCUCGGCAUCUGCUUUCCGGGGUUGCCCUUCGCAGCGCGGCCGCCGCGCGGAGCCCCCGAAGCGGAGCUCCCCCCCCGCCACCUCCGCCCCUCCCCCGUUAACGCUGCGAUGGUGCCGGGGAGCGGCCGCCUCCUGCGGCUGGCGGGGGCCGGGGGGACGCAGCUUCUCCUCCUCCAACACACCCGGAGACGCGUCUGCCAUGCUGGGGGGAGCCCGCCCCCCCAGGGCAGAGCCCUGGUGGCCAAAAAGAGGGGCUACGACAUCACCAGGAACCCGCACCUCAACAAGGGAAUGGCUUUUACCCUUCAGGAGAGGCUGCAGUUGGGAAUUCAUGGCCUCCUUCCUCCUUGCUUCUUAAGCCAAGAUGUUCAAGUUCUUCGUGUUAUGAAAAACUAUGAAAACAAAUCUAAUGAUCUAGACAAGUAUAUUGUUCUUAUGACAUUGCAAGACAGGAACGAGAAGCUGUUUUAUCGAGUGCUGACCUCUGACAUCGAGAGAUUCAUGCCCAUCGUCUACACCCCAACAGUUGGCCUUGCUUGCCAGCAGUAUGGUUUUGCUUUCAGGAGACCACGGGGGUUGUUUAUCACCAUCCAUGACAAAGGCCAUAUUGCAACAAUGCUCAACUCCUGGCCUGAAGAAAAUAUUAAGGCCAUCGUGGUAACAGAUGGAGAGAGGAUUCUUGGUUUAGGAGAUCUAGGAAGUUACGGCAUGGGGAUCCCCGUGGGGAAGCUUGCUUUGUACACAGCUUGUGGUGGAGUUAACCCACAACAGUGUCUCCCUGUCCUGCUGGAUGUUGGCACAGACAAUGAGGCUCUCCUGAGUGAUCCACUCUAUAUUGGCCUGAAACACAAGAGGGUUCGUGGGAAAGAGUACGACGAACUGAUUGAUGAGUUUAUGCAGGCAGUCACUGACAAAUAUGGCAUGAAUUGUCUGAUCCAGUUUGAGGAUUUUGCCAACGCUAACGCUUUUCGUCUCCUCAAUAAAUACCGCAACAGAUACUGUACGUUCAAUGAUGACAUUCAGGGCACUGCGUCUGUUGCAGUCGCUGGUAUAUUUGCAGCCUUAAGGAUCACAAAGAACAAGCUCUCUGACCAUAAGUUUGUUUUCCAGGGAGCUGGAGAGGCUGCAAUGGGCAUAGCUCAUCUCAUCCUCAUGGCCAUGGAAAAGGAAGGAAUUUCACGAGAGGAUGCCAUCAAAAAAAUUUGGAUGGUGGACUCAAAGGGACUAAUUGUGAAGGGCAGGAGCCACCUGAACCACGAGAAAGAAAUGUUUGCCCAGGACCACCCCAGUGUGAACACGCUGGAAGAGGUUGUAGAGAAAGUGAAGCCUACGGCAAUUAUAGGUGUUGCAGCCAUUGCAGGAGCUUUCUCUGAAAAGAUUUUGAAGGACAUGGCAGCCUUCAAUGAGAGACCUAUCAUCUUUGCCCUGAGCAACCCCACAAGUAAAGCAGAGUGCACAGCGGAGCAGUGCUACCGUCUCACUGAGGGCAGGGGAAUAUUUGCGAGUGGGAGUCCAUUCUCGAAGGUAACACUGUCCAGUGGACAGACUUUCUUCCCUGGCCAAGGAAACAAUGCCUACGUCUUCCCAGGAGUGGCACUGGGAGUCAUUGCCUGCGGAGUCCGGCACAUCUCUGACGACAUCUUCCUCAUCACAGCAGAGUCUAUCGCCGCUGAGGUGACAGAGCACCAUCUUGCAGAGGGAAGACUUUAUCCUCCCUUGGACACCAUCAGAGAAGUGUCUCUCAAAAUUGCUGUGAAAAUCGUUGACUGGGCCUACAAGCAGGGUCUUGCGUCUUGGUACCCCGAGCCAGCAGACAAAGAAGCCUUUGUGAAGCAGCUGGUUUACAGUCCUGAUUAUGAUUCCUUUGUUAUCGACGAUUACCGGUGGCCGCCCACAGCCAUGCAAACACAAGAUAUAUAAGUUUUUUUGAGAACUGCUUUCUCAUUUUUACCAUCAGUUCCCAUGGCUCGUAUCAUUGCUGAUAUAAAUGCACCUCCAGGCCUGCAGAAUGAUCAAAGUAAAUGAAUCUGAGUAUUUUUUCACUUCCAGAUGCUUUUUCUCUGUGGGAGCAUAUCAGUAGGUAAUAAAACAGAGUCCAAGCCCUGCAAAAUUGUCAUGCCGCACCAAAUACUGUCCCUGGAAAAUAUUGAUUCUGGUACACCUUUUCUUGGCCAGGCAGAUAGCAAGGAGGGGACAGGAGGAGGGAGUUAGACUGUUCGGUGAUGCCCAGUGACAGGACAAGGGGCAGUAGGCACAAGCUGGAGCUUGGGAAGUUCCACCUGGACAUGAAGAGAAACUUCUUUCCUGCGAAGGUGACGGAGCCUAGAGCAGGAUGCCCAGGGAGUAUGUGGAGUCUCCCUCUCCAAAGGUGUCUGAACCAUUCUGUAUGCGUUCCUGUGCAACCAGCUGGAGGUGACCCUCCUGUAGCAGGUAGUUGGACUGGAUGAGCUCCAGAGGGCCCUGCCAGCCCACUCCACUCUGGGAUUCUGUUGAGACAAAGAUGCGAUCCUGGACCAAGCUCACUGCACUGUGUAGCACCAUGAGGGGUGAUGAUGUAAAGACCUUUCACGUCACCCAGGCCACUGGGCGAUCUGAAGCCAGGCUGUAGGACUUCCCCAGUCAGGGACAGUGCUGAUGCAGCUCCAGGUCCCGAGCGCAGUGAUGCGCUUAGCACAGCCAUUGCUCCCACCUUGGAACCAGAUUCAGCCCACUCUCCACCUGGACCCUGCACCUCAUGCUCAGCUCCUUGCGGGCAGCACAAGGCAGUGGGGGACUGUACUCGGCACAGCAGCACCUCCCAGUGCCAGUGCUAUGCUGGCAUCAGGCAGGACCAUGCCAUAAGGUCAUGGAAUCAUCUAAUCCAACCAUCAGCCCAACACCGCUAUGCCUACUAAAAGACAUCCUGAAGUGCCACGGCUACACAUUUUUGGAACGCCUCCAGGGAUGGUGAGUCCACCACUUCCCUGGGCAGCCUGUUCCAGUGCUUCACCACUCUUUCAGUAAAGAAUAAUGUCCAAUCUAAACCCCCCCUGGCACAACUUGAGGCCAUUGGCUCUCAUCCUAUCACUUGUUACUUGGGAGAAGAGACCAACACCCACCUCACCACUUGUGGAGUCCUCACUCCACAAAUGAUAUCCUAAUGCAAUUGAAACACCCUGGAGGUACCCUGUGGCCUACCGGACACCAGCCCCACUGCUGUGACACACCGGACUGAAAGAAGAGCCCAGCUGCUGCAGAAGGAGCUGAUCCUUGCUGCUGGGGGGUUGCUCAUUGCGCACUGCCAGCAGGGGCAGCCCAGUGUUCAUCCUGAGCCAUUUUCCAGUCUUUAUCCAUUUGUUGAAAAGCCCUUGAGCGAUCCACCCAAGCUGAGAGUGUUGCUCAGCUAUUAUUGCUGGUUGCCUUUGUUGGCAACACAAUCCUUUCCUGGCAAUGGUCUUACCUGGGGCUGUAUCUCCUGCAGAGUCCAGGGACAGAGGUUUUGCCCAUGUCAUUGCGAUCAGCAGGUUGAGAGAGGGGAUUCUCCCUCUCUACUCCGCUCGCACAAGACCUCAUCUGGAGCCCUAUGUUCAGUUCUGAAGUCCUCAGCACAGGAAAGACAUGGAUCUGUUGAAGCAAAUCCAGAGGAGGCUAUGGAGAUGAUCUGAGGGCUGGAGCACCUCCUGUUAUGAGGACAGGCUGAGAGAGUUGGCGUUACUCAGCCGAGAGUAGGCUCCAGGUAGACCUUAGAGCAGCCUACAAGUACUUAAAGGGGCCCUACAGAAAGAUGAAGAGAGGCUGUUUAUC